CUGCUAGUAGCUCGAAGAGGAUGACGACGAGGAGGCAGCGACGCCUUCACUAGCGCGUGUUGGCCCCACUUCCCUCAAACAGCGGCUCUGAGUGAGCCUGUUGCCGUUUUGGUUCAAGACAUUCAUUGGUGUCAUCUUCGCGGAUUCCGCAUAACGCACAUCCACGGUCCUUGCUCACGAGCAAACCUUCACGCGGCAGGAUGCCUAGCAUCAGUUCUCUCGCGCCAGCAUGCUUCAUAUUCGUCCGUGCCCAAGCUAUGCAACUGGGCGUUGGUAUCGUCGGCCAGGUAGCUUCGGCUGACACUGACGCCGGCAAUGAGUGGUUAGUGGGAGUCAGCACACGUGGUGACAUGAAGUGCAGCGUCGAGGAUGAGUGUCUCGUUGGCUCUGGCGAGGGCAGUUGCAAGGUGAUGGUGAAUCCAUCUGUGCCGAUAGAGUUGGGCAGCACCGACUCGGGCUACCAUUGCGACAUCGCGUUCAACGACUCCCUUAAGUACAAUAGAGCAACCCGGUUCAGCAGGCCAAAAUCGGACAUCACCAUCACGGGGUAUUCGAAGCCGUCGCAUUGGAACCUGUGCUGGCAGCACGGCGUUGCAGGUGCCAAUCGUCGAGCCAUUGCUACAGGCGUGGAGGAUUAUUGCUACUACGUGAACGGCCUCUGCUACCUGUGGGCUUCUCCGUGCUCUGGCGGGUGCUCCUCGCUCAAUGCCUUUUCCACGUACUCGUCGUUUUGCCCCACGUUGCGCCACGCUACGGAAGCGGAAUGGAAUGUUGCUGAGCUUGUGCUGAACCAAAAUCGACCAGCGUUCUACCAGAAAUGCGCAGCUAGCCAAUUGGAUCCACGUUGGAACCAUUGCGACUAUUCGAACAAAUUCGUACGGGUGGAGGAUGGCUCAUGGAAUGAACUGGUGUUAGUGUGCCCCGCCAGCCCAACGCCAUACCCUACGCCCUACCCAACGUUUUACCCUACGCCCAGCCCGACUUCCAGCCCAACACCAAGCCCGACGUCCAGCCCUACGCCUUACCCUACGCCUUAUCCGACGCCCUACCCUACGCCCAGCCCGACGGCCAGCCCGACGCCCACCCGACGCCCAGCCCGACGCCAAGCCCGACGGCCAGCCCGACGCCCUACCCUACGCCCAGCCCUACGCCCAGCCCUACGCCCAGUCCGACGCCAAGCCCCACUCCAAGCCCGACGGCCAGCCCGACGCCCAGCCCGACGCCCAGCCCUACGCCCAGCCCAACGGCCAGCCCGACGCCCUACCCUACUCCCAGCCCUACGCCCAGCCCUACGCCCAGUCCGACGCCAAGCCCCACUCCAAGCCCGACGGCCAGCCCGACGCCCAGCCCGACGCCCAGCCCCACGCCCAGCCCCACGCCCAGUCCUACGCCCAGCCCUACGCCCAGCCCUACUCUUCACCCGACGCCAAGCCCAACUCCGAGCCCUACGCUUCACCCUACGCCCAGCCCUACGCCCAGCCCUACGCCCAGUCCGACGCCAAGCCCCACGCCAAACCCUACGGCCAGCCCUACGCCCAGCCCUACGCAUCACCCGACGCCCAGCCCUACGCCCAGCCCCCCGCCCCCAGCCGGCUCGGCGCCCUCCAUGGGCGCAGCUGGUGGGGCACCCGCAAUGGCUGGAGCCGCUGGAGCACCCGCAAUGGCUGGAGCCGCUGGAGUGCCGUCAGGCGCCAUCUCUGCCACCGGCGAUCCGCAUUUGCAGAACGUGCAUGGUGAGCGGUUCGACUUGAUGAGGCCUGGUAAAUACGUCUUGAUUCAAAUCCCCAAGGAAGAGCUCGCCGAGAACGCGCUGCUCCGUGUACAGGCUGACGCGCGUCGAUUGGGUGGACAGUGCGCAGAUCUGUACUUCCAGGAAUUGAAUGUCACGGGGGCGUGGGCGGAGGCGUCGUACACGGGAGGCCUCCGCUUCCAAGCUCGCGGCGAGGCCCACGAGAAGCCGAUGUGGGUCAAGUUCGGGAAGGUGCAAAUCAAAGUUGCCUAUGGGGUCACGAAUGAGGGCGUCCAGUACUUGAAUUUUUACGUUAAGCACCUUGGGCAUGCUGGGUUUGCUGUCGGAGGGUUGUUAGGAGAAGAUGACCACAAGGAGGCAGCGAUGCCUUCACCGGCGUGCGUUCACCACACCUCCCUCCUUCAGGUAGGAGCUUCUGAGCAGCGUGAGGCCGCGUUCUCUUUUGUGGAGGCAAGCUUCGCAUGAGAGCAUUAGUUCCACAGCUCUGGCUCUGAGAUCCACGAACUGGACGUCGUGGUGUGUGAGCGUGCACUUCACAUCGCAACACGAAGUGCUUCCUGCCCGUGAAGUGCUGACGCUCAUACAUGUGCUGAUUUACGCGGGAGAGAGAGAGAGAGAGAGAGAACAAGAAAAAGUGGUUCUGAGUUAGCAAGGGGUGCCCGUCGUCGCGGUCGCGGAGAGAAGUUCCGCAUGGCAGCAUUCCCUGCAGAUUCUUUCCGUCGAGCUCCCAGAUCUGA